AUGCUCUCCUCGGUGCAAUCAUGGCUCGAGGGCGCGGCAGCAGCAGACCCCAAAGGCCUGGUCCUGCAGGCUGAGGCGGCGACGCGAGAUCCCGGCUACAAGCUCAGGCGGCAGCAAAUGAUCGGCUCUUGUCAGAUUGCAGGCCGCGGCAGGGAUGCAUUGGGUGACACGAGCUUUCUGCCGAGGACGCGGGAGCGGAGGACAAUUUGCGUCAGCGACGUGCCAAGUCGCGCUAAGCAGACGACCGGAAGCUUCAGGUGUGGAGGUGUGUCUGCCGCUUUGGCGGCGCUGAUCCGUCGUUAA